ACCAAGCCCAAGAGAGGCUGGGCGGCACGAGUGGUCUGCAGCCUCCUUGUUUUUCCUUCUUGGCCGCCACAACCUUUAAGACCGCCAUCAACGACAAAAACAGAAGGAACAGGCAUGCAGGCCUUACGAGGGGCGGUGUGGAGCCCCCUCACGGGACGGGCGUCAGCAGCACACCCAUGGCUCCAGGCAGCAGCCACAGGAAUGAGGCACAUCUCUAAUGGUGAGAAUGAUGCCGUCAACCCCAACUUUGUGAACUGCAACCCUCGCAACAUGGAGAUGCUGCGGCUGGCACGGAAACCUGAAGGAUGGGACCUGGAGGCUUCUUCUCCAUUGUAUUGGUACAAACUCAUGCUGGAACAGAGCAACAGGCACUCCAUAGGCUGGGUGGAGCACCACACUGGCACCACUGUGGUCUCUGCCUCCACCCGGGAGUGGGCCAUCAAACAGCAGCUGUACUCCACCACCGACACCAGCGCCAUCCGUAACAUUGGCCACGUCCUGGCGCGCCGCUGCCUGGAGUCUGGCAUCACGGAGGUCUACACCGAACUGGACCAGUACGCAGAGUCCUCAGCAAAGGUGAAGUUGUUCCUGUCAGCGCUCAGAGAGGGCGGCAUGGAGCUAAAGGAGCCGCGGUUCAUCCAUGAGCGUGCCGUCACUUUAUUGAGUGAACGCAGGGAGGUGCUGCCCUGGAAUGUGCAGGAGGAGGAGGUGGUCCCUAAGCAGACUUCUCCAUCUACUUCUUCCUCUUCUUCAUGAUAACUCAUGACACUGUUUUCCUUUGUACAUGCGCUGAAAUAUAUGUCUAGAUCCA